GGACCCCAGGGAACACUGGGCCUAAUGAGUGAGCCCCAGAGGGUGGCCCUGAAGUUACCCCACAAUGGCAAAGACAGCUUGGCAGGUGUGAGUGCCCCAUCACAGGAAGUGUUCAGACGAGGCUGGAGAACCACUUUCUGCUGUGGAGAGCGAUUUCUGCGAUGGGCUGAGGACCGACUGGCGUGCCCACAUCAUUCCUGGGCAGGAAGAACAUGAGAAGCUCCCAAACCACAGCUCUGCCCAGGCCCACAUAGGCAAAUGAACAGUGGAAGAGUUGUUGGAUGGCCGACGUGUGACAACAUGCACCACCAGUGGCUUCUGUUGGCCGCAUGCUUUUGGGUGAUUUUCAUGUUUAUGGUGGCGAGCAAGUUCAUCACGCUGACCUUUAAAGAUCCAGAUGGGUACAGCGCCAAACAGGAGUUUCUGUUCCUGACAACCGUGCCAGAGGCGGGGAGGUUGGCAGAGGAGAAACACUUCCCUGGGGAACUGAAGCUGACGGGAAAGAUGCUUGGGGACAGCCGGCCCGUCCAGCCCCUGGUCUACCUGGAGCGCCUGGAACUCAUCCGGAACGUGUGCAGGGACGAGGCCCUGAAGAACCUCUCGCACACGGCCGUCUCUAAGUUUGUCCUGGACCGAAUAUUUGUGUGUGACAAACACAAGAUUCUUUUCUGCCAAACUCCCAAAGUGGGCAACACGCAGUGGAAGAAGGUGCUGAUUGUGCUCAAUGGAGUCUUUCCGUCCAUCGAGGAGAUCCCAGAGAAUGUGGUACACGACCAUGAGAAGAACGGCCUCCCACGCCUCUCAUCCUUCAGUGAGGCUGAGAUCCGGAAGCGGUUGAAAACAUACUUCAAGUUUUUCAUCGUGAGAGAUCCUUUCGAGAGGCUCAUUUCUGCCUUUAAGGACAAGUUUGUGCACAACCCCAGGUUUGAACCUUGGUACAGGCAUGAGAUUGCCCCGGGUAUCAUCCGGAAGUACAGAAAGAACCGGACAGAGACCCGGGGGAUCCAGUUUGAAGAUUUUGUACGCUACCUGGGCGACCCAAACCACAGGUGGCUUGACCUUCAGUUUGGGGACCACAUCAUUCACUGGGUGACAUAUGUGGAAUUGUGUGCACCCUGUGAGAUCAAGUACAGUGUGAUUGGACACCACGAGACGCUGGAGGAGGACGCCCCGUACAUCCUUCGAGAGGCGGGCAUCGACCACCUGGUGUCCUACCCAACCAUCCCUCCUGGCAUCACCACGUAUAACAGAACCAAGGUCCAGAGCUACUUCCUGGGCAUCAGCAAACGGGACAUCCGGCGCCUGUAUACACGCUUCGAGGGGGACUUCAAGCUCUUUGGGUAUCAGAAACCGGAUUUUUUGCUGAACUAGUAUGUAGGAUCUGUGAAUGCAGGUGUCUCUGUUAUCACAGGGGAUAACAAGGUGGAGAUCUGAGCGCAGGAAGGACUCUUCUCAUCACAUCCCUGCCUGAGGGGCUCCCUCAGUAUUUGGUCCUGAGAGCAAGUGGGCGGUACCUGGCAGCUCCACCUGGCUCAGGUGUAAGAUGCUGAGGGCUCCAUCCACCUGCCCUGUAUCGUCAGGACCCUAGUGACCUUUGCCAUUUCCCAGAAGAGAUGUGAUACAGUGUCAGUUGUCUAAGUGGGAGUCACACCUGUGGCUGUCCUGGCUGGACCCAAUGGCUACCUUUGUCACUAGUGGAGGGCAAGAACAGAGGGCACCAAACAAAGGAGAGGGAAAAACUGAGGCACAGCAGACACACCCGAGGCUCAUGCAGGAUCAAAUGUGGGUGAUGAAAUGAUAGCUCUGACUUCCCCUUGAUACUGCAGUAAUCACGGAAGCAGACCACAUUCCCAUGAUGGUCAGUGCAGACCACAGAGUGGUCCCAGGGGUCCAUUUGCUCAGUGCCACUUUGUGGGACACUUGUCCUCAUUACUGAAGCUCUGUGCCGAGUGUCCCCUCACUGAGCAUAGUUUUGGGAUGUGAGGAGGGAGGAGAUUCCUCCUAAGCAGGAAACACCAGGGCCUGAGAGGGAGCAUGGCGCAGGCAGCUGCUGUGGAUGGGUCGUUGUGCCCUGCCUUGCACGCUUCCUGCUGUGAGUUACCAUUGAGUUGGGCAGCAGCAGGGCUUCCACACCUCCAGCAUUCCCUCUUCUCGAACAUCUGCCGUGUGAUGGACCAGCUGGAGGAAACCAGACAUUGGGGACAGCAUGACAGCAUCGUAGGGUUCGUCGGCCUCAGCCAUCCUAACACCACUCCUUUUCAUCUCCACAAGGUGGCAAAACCCAAACCCUUUUCUAAUCAUGCUAUCAUCCUGGGUAAAGUGGAAGGAGUUGGGUAACCACAUUUACCAGCAAUAAAGCCUCCCGUGAGGUGCCCUGCAGGCACAGAGGUAGCCCCGUAUGGAGCAAGCCACUGUGGCUAUGCCAGACCUUGCUGCUGCAGACUGUGUCCCCAAGAGCUGGUGGCACUCCUGUCUACUGUCCGUGAGCCCAGGCUGAGAGGAGGGAGCUGGGCUGCCUCACCCUUCUCAAGACGGCUUCCUGAAUUUGUAAAUGUGAAAGUGAACUAAAACUUAAAAUAUGUGCCAAUCCAGACAUGUGCUGCAGCUCCAGGGAGAGGGGCUCUGGAUCAUGUGUGACCCCACCCCCAGGCCUGGCGACAGGGACAGGACUGGACGGAAGUGAGACUCGACCCUUCCUCCUCAACUGUUAUGCCAAGGAUGUGACAUCGAGUUAUUUUUCUAUAAAGUUUCAGUGAAGUCUCAUUAAAGCUAAUCUGGACCUGUGAGCUGACCGAUUACCUCUUUCCAGUUUGAAAAGUCAGUGUGAGAAAUGUAUGUGAAUUUAAGGCCUUAAAGUUAGUCCUAAUUAAAAUAGCUUUUUCUCUGG